CUGAAAAUAUGGCCUUGAUGGAAAGAGAAAAUUGUGUAAGAAGACGAUCAAAUUUGAACGAUUUUCGUUGUUCCUGAUCGAGGUGGUGCAUAGACAAGUUGUAUGGCCAAGUGGCUGAGACAUGGAAGUUUUGACUGAGGUGAUGUCCAGUGAAAACGAAACUUUGAAAGUGGAAACUAUCAGCUCUACGGUGUCAACUGAAGAAACUACUGACCAAAACAUGCCACCCUUUGAAGCGGGUGUUGAGACCUCUGGUGUGGUCAAAAAGGUAGCCUUUGAUGAUAUGCCCCUCCUGGAACGACAGCCUAAUGAGACAGUGAGGUACACCAGCCCUGUCCACAAACCUUUCCUGGAAAAGGAGCAUCAUGCUGUUACCAAAGAUGUCAAAGAUCCAUCUGUGGGUCCAGGUAAAGCUGGCCUGUUUAACCUUGGCAACACCUGUUUCAUGAACUCCGGGUUACAGUGCCUGUUCAGCAACGCUCACCUGGUUAAGUUCUUCCUGAACCAAUACCAUCUGAGCAAAGCUAACGAGGACACACUGACAGGUACUUUCACCAAGCUACUCUACAAGGUCUGGAGCUCCCAGUACGCCGUCAUCCAUCCGCUGGAGUUCAAGCAGACACUGGGCAUGUACCACCCUCAGUUCCAGGACUACAGACAGCACGACUGUCAGGAGAUGCUGGCUUUACUCCUGGACACUCUACAUGAACAGCUGAACGCGGCAGUGCAUGCACUACACCCACCAUACCCCAGCUUUGCAGCGGCAUCUUGUUCCUCGUCCUACGACCACACCAUGCACUCUGCCAGCUGUCCAUCACCCUCUGUUCAGCCUGAUUUUGUGUUAGAGCCAUGCACAGCCAACAACAAGGUGUCCACCGCUUCUCUGGCAGUUGGCCAUAUCAAACGUGCAUCGGGUGAUAUUAGUAUCCGCGUGAACAGAGAGGCUGAAGUGGAAUCCCCAAGUGGUAGCGUUGAUUCAAUCCGCAACAUUGAAAAUCCAAUGGAUUCAAAAUCGUUUCCACCUUAUAUACUCAGUCAGUCACAUCAUUUGAACGAAGACAGCAAUUUAUCAUGUCAGAGCUCGGAUUCGGAACAGUCUGUCGCAAUCAGUCGCUUGAAACUGAAAGACCAGAACAAAGAAACUCAGGUGUCAUCUUCAACGGACUUGCCUCAGGAAGCUGCUGACAUGUCCGAUUUGGGCGUGACAGUGUCAAACUCGCGGUACUCUUUGCCAAACACCAUGAACAACUCAAUCCCUGAAGGCAUGUCCCAGCCUGAAAGCUCCUCCUCUUUCACUGCACUUCCCCCUGCUAUCAGUCUUUCAAAACCUGCUGAAGUCUCAAGCUCACAGGAAGACAGUAUCAUUGCCAUGGAUGAUAUUUUCUCAGGCGCAGUUCCGGGGGAGGCGGAAUCCUCCACUGUGGAGAGUGUAGACGCAGCAGGUUGCAUUUCAGUUCCAAACAAUGUCACCCCAAGAGCACGUCUGCCGACCUUAGAAGAUCUGUAUGCCAAAGAUACGAAAACACUGAACACGAAUGUGUUGGCUACAGACUAUAUGGAUGAAGAGGUGCAGGUGGACAGUGAGAAGUUUGCAAAGCCCGAGAACACAACAAGACCCACAGAGGGGUUAGAGAGCAUUCAUGUUAAUGAGUUGGCGUUGACGACAGAGCAGAAGAAAGACAAGCCCCGCCUAGUGAAGGAUACCAAUAUCCAGGCUGAAAAUCUGAAAAAAUUUCGUUUUGGCGGUAAAAAUAAUGCACCUUCUCAAAGUUUUGAAGCAGACUCAGAUGAUUCUCUGAGCAUCAACAAUGUGAAGAGAAUGAAGUUUGAAGGCACAGAAAAAAAUAUAAAACGGCAAGCUCUGCAUAAGGUGAACCGAGAGAAAUUUCUUUUCCACAAAUCGGACAUUUUAACAACGCAUAGCGAUGCUGACUCCAGUAGCGAAGACGAUGGCAACAAUGACAACCUUGUGGAGAUGGGUGAAGAAGGUCAGAGCUCAACUUCCCGUAACAGCCCUGUGGAGGUUUCCCAUCAUGCUGAAGUUGAGAGCGCCACACCAGAAAAUAUUGAGGCAGCCAAUCAGGCCUGGAAUGAAUAUCUGGAGAAAAAUCGUAGCAUUGUCGUGGAUACAUUCCAAGGGCAGUUCCGUAGCACUGUGAUAUGUUCUGAAUGCCAGCACGUGUCAGUAACUCAUGAACCAUUCAUGUACCUGUCAGUACCAUUGCCCCAUGCCAUGGAGAGACAGAUUAGUGUGAUAUUUAUAACAUGUGAUAUGCCACCAACACGCUAUCUGUUCACAAUGCACAAGAAUGACAACAUUCAGAAGCUGAAGAAGGAGUUGAGGACAUUGCUAGGGCUUGAGAACUGUGACAUCAUCAUGGCUGAGGUCCUCGAUUCUCACAUCUCCAGGAUUCUGGAUGAUAGUGUGAUGUUGGGUUAUGUGAAUGAUUCUACACGUCUCAUUUACGCCUUCAAUAUGCUGCCAGCACCUCCCCCAUUGAUCUCUGAAGGGGAGAUAACUGAGAUUGAAUCCAUGGACCAAUCCCCUACUGAUAAAUCCUGCCUAUUGAAUACAUGUACUGGCCAGGAGUAUGAGAUGAGGUGCAGUUCAUCAACAGCGACGUGCACGUCUGCGGAAUCCACAGAGCAGGACAUUUUCUCCAAUGUGGGUUUGUUUUCCACUCACAAACUGGAAGAAGACAAGGAGGGACUUGACAUGCCAGACACUACAAGAGACAUAUCACCAGCUGUGUUGGAGCAGAGACUUCCGCUUGAGUUGGAUGAGCCCAUGCUACCAGCAGGGGUGGCAGGAUCUGGAUUUUCGGCUGGUUUUGAUGGAGAAACGCCGAGAAUGAAUUCUCCAGAUUUGGAUAUCACUGGUGUCCAGGCUUGGUCAUCUACGUCAGGAUCCAGAUCAGAAGUGACUUCUUCAGAUUACGUUGUUGGAACCUGGACCAUGGAUAUUGUGGUUGACCCACCAUCCCAGCAGGUAGACGUUCCUAGCACGCAGCAGUGGCGUUCAUGUGCAAUCUGUUUGGAGGAGAUGGUGGACAGCGAUCUCAUGGUUCAUCCGUCAUGCGAGGGCACGCUUUGUCAGAGCUGUCUGGAGAUGUCAUUCAAACAUUAUGGAGAUGUUGCUUUUACCUGUCCAGUGUGCUCUAUCCCAGUCAACCCUGUGGAAGGCUUUCUCCCUCUGGGGGGCCAAAGUAACAGGAACUCCAAAACGAGGCUGUUAGCAGUCCAUGUGGCAUAUCGUCUGGACUCUGACCAGGAUGGGGAAGGCCUCCAUCUCUUCUCCCACCCUAAUGUGGUCUACCUGUACAGCAGGAUGAGGGGGCAGGACCUAUACGAUCUGAUUGACACCAUCAUACCUUUCCCUACAACCUUCAACAUCUCUCUCACAGACGGACAGGGCCUGCACUGUUCACGGUGUGGUUUCACGGCUCACUGUACAGGCUGCCUGGUGCUCAGAGAUUCAGAGGUGAACCUCCAGCCUGGUGACCAUCUGACCAUCACUGUGUCAGACCUGUCAGGGGUACAAGCCCCGCCCACUCAGGAUCACAAGUCAAUGGAGAAACUCCGCCCACGUGACCCCAUCACCAUUUAUGACUGUUUCAGAGCAUUUACAGAAAGUGAGAUAUUAGAUGAACACAACCCCUGGUACUGCCCUCAAUGCACACAGAAUCAGAGAGCGAGAAAAACCAUGACAGUCUGGCGAUAUCCCGAUACUCUCAUCAUCCACCUCAAACGAUUUGUCUUUCAUGAGUUGUCCAGCACAAAGAUUGACAACAAAGUUGUUUUUCCUCUGGACAAUUUGGAUCUCAGCGAGUUUUUAUCCGGCCCAAGAACCAAACAACUGCUCUAUGACUUACAUGGUAUUGUCUGUCACUUUGGCGGUGCUAAUGCUGGCCACUAUACAGCUUAUACCAAACAUCCACUGCUCAAGCAGUGGUUUUACUACAACGACGAAACAGUGACAGCGCGAGAGCCACGGGAAGAUGACCACAGCAGCGCAUACGUCUUGUUUUACCAGAGACAAGGAACAGAUACGAGGUUUGAUCCUCUGACAGAGCUGAGGAAGUCAGCAGAUGGCCCUGAUCCGUGUAGCAGCACGUGUGAGGGGUUCUCAGUGACCAGUCUGUCAGAUAUCCGGCCCUCCAGCAGCGUGGAGAACAAAAACCCCGUCAAUGCUGAGAACCUAGCCUUAAUCCUGCAGAACUUGAAGGAGAGGAAAGAGUCGACGGUGCAAACGUGCGAACCCGACACAACAUUUGAUUUCUACCUGUAGUAGAAUAAUGUAUGCUCAUGUGAGAUAGGUCAGUCUGGGGUAGAGAUUUGUGGGUGUGCCAAACUUUACCAGAUGUUGAGAUUUAAAAUAGGGUUGAGUAGCUGUGGUUUGCUGGAAUAUUAGCCAUUAGAGCUGAGCCGCUGAGAGGCGCUAUCUUUAGCUGCAUUAGCCUUGAUGGCUUGUUUUUGUGAUUUGAACAAUUUCUGCCUGUAGUGAGGACGUUGUUCUGAGAGUUUACAGUAAAGCUGUGCGACGGAGUGGUACAGCACAGUUUUUGCUGCUUAUAGCCCUGAUGAUGUUAUGAGAGUUUUCAGUAAAGCUUUGUGACUGAGUGGUAUAUUACAGUUUUUGCUGCCUUUGGCUUUGAUUUUCUGACAGAUUUCAGUAACACAGUGUGUCUGAGUGGUGUAUCACAGUUUUUGCUACCUUUGGCUGUGAUUUUCUGACAGAUUUCAGUAACGCUGUGUGUCUGAGUGGUAUGUCACAGUUUUUGCUGCCUUUGGCUGUGAUUUUCUGACAGAUUUCAGUAAUGCGGUGUGACUGAGUGGUGUAUCACAGUUUUUGCUGC